GCAUUCUCUCUCUCUCUCCAAAAAAAAAAAAAGCUAACUUUACUUACUUCGCUUCCAUCUCUCUCUCUCUCUUCUUCGUCUUCUUCUUCUUCUUCAUAUUUCGAAUUUCAAACCCGUGAUUAAUCCCCAAACAUGGUUUCGGAUUCCCAUUGCUGCUGCUGCUGCUUCCUCAUCUUCCUCUUCUUCUUCGUUCUGCCUUCCAUUUCUCGUGCCCAGACUGCCACCUGCAAUGGCAUACUCUUGUCCUACGCCUAUGCCAGCGGAAAACGCCUGCCGCCCAAUGUCUCCGAUCCCACGCAGCAACCGUACCGAUUCGAGUCCACGAUCACUGUGCUCAACAAUGGACUCGACGAACUCAAGUCCUGGAAGGUGUUUGUGGGGUUCCAGCACAACGAGUUCUUAGUCUCUGCUUCAAAUGCGGUGCUCGGCGACGGCACUAGCCUUCCAGCUGGCGUCGGGAACGGAACCGUUUUUGCUGGGUACCCGAUGACUGAUCUCAAGACGGCGGUCGAGACCGCCGGGGACUCGACGCAGAUGCAGGUUCAGAUCGAUUUGGUCGGCACGGUGUUCGGUGUGGCGCCUCCCAGCGUGCCGAUGCCCUCAAACAUCACCCUCGCCAAUGAUGGAUUCGUAUGUCGUAAGCCCAUUGGUCAAGGUAAGAAUGAAACUCGAGUCUGUUGUACAAAAGAUCCCAAAUUCAAGACAAACAUAACUACAGAUGAGGAAUUCCUGCCCCGCCAGAAUGGUGAUCUUACAAUCAUGUAUGAUGUGACCAGAACUUAUGAUUCCAAUUACUGGGCAGAGGUUACAAUCUCUAAUCAUAACCCCCUUGGCCGUCUUGACAACUGGAAAUUAAACUGGGACUGGAUGAGGGGUGAGUUUAUUUAUUCAAUGAAGGGUGCUUAUCCAACUAAUGUGGAUUCUUCUGAAUGUAUAUUUGGUCCACAAGGGACCUACUAUAAAGAUCUUGACUUUGCCAAUGUACUGAAUUGUGAAAGAAGGCCAACGAUAAUUGAUCUCCCUCCCACAAAGUUUAAUGACUCGGACCUCGGGAAGAUUCCUUUUUGCUGCCGGAAUGGUACAAUCUUGCCACCAUUGAUGGACCCAAGUAUGUCAUCUUCAAGAUUUCAAAUGCAGGUCUUUAAAUUGCCACCAGACCUCAAUCGCUCCCAGCUUUCACCACCACAGAACUGGAAGAUAAGUGGUACACUCAACCCUGACUACAAGUGUGGCCCACCCAUCAGAGUAAGUCCUAGUGAAACCCCAGAUCCUUCAGGCAUACCAUCAAACAAAUCUGCAAUGGCAAGCUGGCAGGUUGUGUGUAAUAUAACACAGGUCAAAGGAUCACCGCGUAAAUGCUGUGUCUCAUUUUCUGCAUAUUACAACGAGUCUGUCAUUCCUUGCAAAACAUGUGCAUGUGGGUGCGCCAGUAACACAGGAAAAACUUGCAGUACUACGGCACCAGCUAUGCUUCUUCCACCAGAGGCACUUCUUGUUCCUUUUGUGAAUCGGACUGCUAAGGCUCUUGCUUGGGCUAGUCUCAAACAUCUAUCGGUUCCAAAGCCAUUGCCGUGUGGUGAUAACUGCGGCGUGACAAUAAACUGGCAUCUUCUUACAGAUUACAGCCGGGGAUGGAGUGCAAGGGUCACACUUUUCAAUUGGGGUGACACUAGUUUUGCUGACUGGUUUGCUGCUGUGCAAAUGGACAAAGCAGCUGCAGGUUUUGAGAAAAUGUAUUCAUUCAAUGGAAGUACCUUGGAUGGUGUUAACAAUACAAUAUUUAUGCAAGGUCUUCCAGGAUUGAACUACCUUGUGGCAGAAACUGAUGGUGCAAACCCUGCAAGUGAUCCGAGGGUGCCCGGCAAACAACAGUCAGUGAUCUCUUUUACAAAGAAAACUACUGCCGGAGUCAAUGUGGCAGGUGGAGAUGGAUUCCCUACUAAAGUCUUCUUCAAUGGGGAGGAAUGCUCUCUCCCCUCUGUGUAUCCGACCAAUGGAUAUAAGAAGGAAUCUUCCAUGGCUACUUCAAUGAUCUUGACAUUGCUUCUGUUGGUAUUUUUGUGGCAAUAGGGGAGUCUCAUGCUAUAUUUGUCAUGUCUGUUUUUGAUGUCUUGGCUAUCCUUCAUGUUCCAUUGAUACGAUUCUUUUCAGAGUGAUUGUGAUACAGAUGAAUGUAGAUGUCUUAGUUGAUAGAAAUGUAUUCUUUUUUUUUUUUAUAUGAAAUAGUAAAAUUGAUUUUUAGGACUCA